CUUCAAGAUUUGCGUCUCUCGGGCAACAUUGUUGACAAGGUUAAACGUGUCCCUGUUUCUCAGUUUAGUUAUUUGCUUUGAAUUGGUAUUUGGUUGUUUCAUAAACGUCCGAGUCUUAUGGGUUGUAAAAGCUCGGAUUCGAUUUCCUAUUUCUUUGUUGAUUCUGUUACAAGAGUUUCUAUUUAAUAAGAUGAAAGGAAGGCCAUGAGACAUGUACUCUGGCAAUUACAAAAACACGUCUCUGUUUCUUUUCUUCCAGUGUUUCUAUUUGGGUUUUUGCAGAAGUUUCGUUUCCCUCUGUCAAUUGUAUCAACAGCUAACGUGAGUUCAACCUCCGGGUUUGCGUCGGAACUGGUGCGACUGCUUUUGUCCGGCUGCAACAUUACCGAGUUUCCAGAGUUCGUCAGUUCUCAACGAGAUAUGUUGAAUCUAGACCUUUCCAACAACAAGAUCCGAGGUGAAAUACCAGACUGGUUAUGGAGACUGCCACAGUUGAACGUCUUGAACCUGUCCCACAACGCUUUCAGCAGUUUCCAUGGAUCGUUGGAAGGUUUCCCUGCGACAAUUCUGGUUUCUGUAGAUAUAAGCUCAAACAUGUUCCAAGGACCACUUUUUGUCCCAUCACGGUAUCUCCGCUAUCUGUCUGCAAAAGGAAAUCAUUUCAGCGGAGAGAUUCCGGAAUCGAUAUGUGCCUCGAGCUUUAUGAGAAUCCUCGAUUUAUCCAACAACAGCUUCACGGGCUCGAUUCCUUGGUGCUUACGGAACCUCCAGAGUGAUCUUGCGGUUAUGAACCUUGGUCAUAAUCACCUGAGCGGAAGUUUUCCAGACAUGUUUGCCAAUGGAAACAGCCUGGAAUCACUUGAUGUUAGUCACAACCGAUUGGGCGGAAAACUUCCUAAAUCUCUGAUCAAUUGCACCCGUCUGGAAAUCCUAAACGUGGGAAGCAACAGAAUCAGAGACUCCUUCCCCUUGUGGUUGAAGUCUUUGCAAGAGUUACAGGUUCUUGUCCUUCGCUCGAAUGAGUUUCAUGGUACAAUCUGUGGUCUUACCGAGCUUCCCUUCGGGUUCCCUAAGCUACGAGUCAUCGACAUAUCGCACAAUCAGUUCCUCGGAGCUUUACCGUCUGGUUUCUUUGCGAAUCUGAAGGCGAUGGUAAGGGUUGGGCCUGCCGAAAAUGGUUCGGAGUCGAUGUAUAUGCAGGCUGGCUUAGGCUACUAUCACGAUUCGAUAGUUUUGACGAAUAAAGGAGUGCAGCUGGAGUACACACGGAUCCUUACAGUCCUAACGGCCAUCGAUUUUUCGGGAAACAGACUCCACGGAGAGAUUCCUCAAUCCAUCGGGUUACUGAAGGACCUUAGACGCUCAGCCUAUCGAACAACGAUUUCUCGGGCCACGUUCCGGCAUGUUUGACGAACCUGACAAAGCUCGAGUCACUAGACUUGUCUCGGAACGAGCUCUCGGGGAAAAUCCCUCCGCAGCUCGGAAGCAUGUGGUCACUGGCGUACAUGAACUUCUCCAAUAACCAGCUGGAAGGUCCGAUACCGCAGGGCCCACAGUUCGACACGCAAGAGCGUUCUUCGUUCGAGCACAAUCUCGGACUGUGCGGUCCUCCGCUCGGGGAAAGUUGCGGAGAAGCGAAGACACGGAUAAUGCAUCAACCUGAAGAGAAAGAAGAGGCGUUGAGUUGGAAAGCGGCCGUGAUAGGGUUUGGACCUGGUCUCUUUCUCGGAGUCGUCAUCCAACACAUUUUGUUUCCUCGCAAGUGAGCGCGCG